CAGGAGGGUCCGGGGCUCCGAUGGGGAUUCCGGUUUUUCCGGUCGCUUCUCCUUUAAACGGCAGCGGCUCAGUGCACGGAUCAGACUGACGGCGGCAGCGGACGCAGCAGCAGCAUGGCUUCCAACACCGCCACUAUGGGGAACCUCCCCAGCGGCGUCGGCAUCUGCACCACCAUCCCGGACAUUCUCUACCUGCCGGAGCUGAUCUUCGGUGGUCUGGUCUGGAUCCUGGUGGCCUGUACUCUGGUGGACCCAGAGAACCCUCAGGGCUGGGUGAUGUUUGUGUCCGUCUUCUGCUUCGUCAUGACCUUCAUCUGGCUGCUGGUCUUCGCCUGUGGAGGACACCACAACAAGGGCAGCUGGGCGGCCGCCGACUUUGCGUACCACGGCCUCGCUGCCUUCUUCUACCUCAGUGCUUCAGUGAGUCUGGCCCGUGUGACUAUAGAGAAGCAGGUGAACUCCACCCAUGUGAACUUCCAGGUGUACCAGUUGGACAUCUCUGCAGUGGUGUUUUCCUAUGUGGCGACUCUGCUGUACUUCGUCCAUACCAUCCUAUCGGCCAUCCGGUGGAAGUCCUUCUAGACAUUGUCACAACCAGAACAGAACUGUUUUUACUGUGAAUAUGAGGGUGCGGAACGAAAUGCCAGGUUCAUCUGAGGAGGACAAUGACUCCGGCGCAACAAACCUUGCCGCUGCCACCGCCACUGUUUGUCUCCAUCUGUUUCUUCUGGAGGCUUUUUCUUGUGUCUCAUUGUGUUUCAGGUUUAGUUUCUUUCUGAUCUCAUUUUUUUUAACUUUUUACCAUCUUUCUAUAGGUUUAAAUUAGAACCAAUCAGAUUCUGAGCUGAUGAAGUAAAUAAACAGAGGUGGUGGAAGGUCUGACCAUGGUUUCCACCAGCAGAAGAACAAACUGAUGUUCAAUCACCAUCAUCAUCUAUUCACACAGAAUAAUUCACUGCCAGUGGUAAAACCAAGCCAAAGAGUACAAACUGCGUAUAUUGGUGUUUAAAUGUAGAGGAAAAGGAAAAUAAAUACUAAGGUUAAAUUGAUUCCAUCUUGUAAAAUUUGUAGCUGAAGUUCAUGCGUGUAUCUGCAUUGGUAAAACAUGUUCAUAUGUUCUGCAGCUGUGUUUCUUCUCCAGCUCAGAAUUGUACCAACCAGUCUCCAACAUCUAAAGAAUGAAGACAAACACGACACUACAGUCCCAUGUGGAGACAAAUCUGACCAGGGUAGGGAACUGUGGGAAAUGGAGUUUGUUAACAGCGACUAGAAAUUAAAAUUUGAGAUGACACUGAAUGUGGUGAAGCUCAGAACUGACGCAGAAUUUGUACCUCAGCUCUAAAACCUGAGCUCGUAGUUUUAAGAACAGAGUCAAAGUGUCAGCGUCUGGACAUUUCUUUCCCUGUGAUUAAACCAGCGAAUCGUAUGAAGAUCUGGACUCGUCUGAGGAACAGACUGAUUCGUUUCUGUAUCUGGUUUUCAUUUUGACUUUAAUUUUUGUAGGUUCUUUAAUUCUGUCAUGACAUUAAUUUAAACAAAGAUCAGGAACUAAAUCCACCAGGAUGUAAAUGAUGAUUUUGUAACAUUUAUAACUGACAGCUUCAUUUUUUUGUAAAUGUUUUUUGGAAACUGUUGAAUUCAUUAAAAAUGAAUAAAAAUGUUUUGUUUUUAAAUA